AAAGACUAGUAAUGAUGAAAAAGAAAAAAUGUUUACUGCAUUAACAGAAGUAAAAAGACAGACAUCAGCUAAGCUGUCUACUAUAGGAAACAUAAAUAGAUUAAAAAAGGCAGUGAAGAAAUAUCAGUUAAUGGAAAAGCAACAGUUAAAAUCUAUAAAUACUUUAAAUAAGAGAAUAAAAGGAAAAAAUACAGAAUUGAAACGUCUUAGAUUGAAAUGUACAUACAUAGAGUCUUGUCUUAAUAAAAAAAAGAAUCGGCUAGAACAAGCAAAACAGACAAUUGUAGAACUUGAAGAUCAACUUGAAAGAAAGCAGCAUGAAUUAAAUAAUGAAACUAUAACGCGUGAAGGUAUUGAAAGACAGAUGAGGGAACAUGAAGCUGAAAAUGACUAUCUAAGGGAUAUCAUAAAUGACAAUGUGAAUACUUAUGAUGAUGAUAAGAAGGUAUUCACACCCGAGUUGCAGCAAUGUGUGUAUGAGCUACUAAAUAGUAAUGUUUCAUUUCAGCAGGUUUCUCCAGUCAUAGAAAGUGUCCUGAACAUGGUAAAAAUAAAAGCAAAUAGACUGCCUUCAAAGUCAACUGUCAAUAAUAUGAGUAUACAGAGAUUAUUCCUAAGUCAAAAACAUAUAGGGGAAAAAUUAACACCAAAACCUAAUAUUUGUGUUUUAAGUGAUGAAACAAAUAAAUUUGGAAGUAAAUAUGAAGGGAUUCAUGCCACUGAUGAAGAUGGUAAUUACUGGGUUCUUGGUGUAAGAGAAAUUUCAACAAAGGCCGGUAAGGAUGUUCUCCAGACUCUGCUCACAAUCCUAGGAGACAUUGAUUCAGUCUCUGAAACAGCUGACAACCAAGCAUCCAGGGAAAUACUGAAACAUAUUUCAUCUACAAUGUCCGACCGAGCCAGCACACAAAUUAAAUUUAACCAACUUCUAGAAGAAUUUAGGAAAGAAGUAUUAAAGGAAGAUCUUGGGGAACAGUGGGACACUAUGACAAAUGAAGAGCAACUGUCAAUCAGCAGGCUUUGCAAUUUCUUCUGUUCAUUACAUGCACUUGUCCACAUGGCAGAAACAUGCUCAAAAUCCCUUGUAGAAUAUGAGAAGAAUAUUGAUGCUCCUAUUCUAGACAUAUCGUUCAAGAAGGAAACCGAGUCUGGUACAGUUAGACUUAUACGUACAACGUGCAAAUCUUUUUCAAAAGGUGGAGAUGAAAAGAAUGGACAAUUCCUUAACUUUGAAACAUAUGCUAAAGACUUUCUGAAAGAGAAUGGUUUUAGAGGUGUGCCACUUGAAAGAUUCAGAGGAAAUAGAUUCAACAUAUUGUUUCGGAAUGCAGCAUAUGUGUACUUCCUGAAGGAUCAGCUACAGGGGUAUCUCAGGAUAGAAAGCUCUAAUAGAUUGCUUGCAGCAGUUAAACAUGACAUCAGUAUACCAGAAUAUUUAGCUGGGUGCAAAGCUCUUGGAUUGAUUAGUGAACUUAUAACAGUUCCUUUGUGGUGUAUGAUUGAGGAUGAAAAUGUACAUAUAAUUGAAGCAAGGACACACUAUGAAGAGUUAGUCCAGUACUUGGAAAACUUCCCACAACAUGUCCAAGAAUUUAUGGAAUGCAGUUACUUUCUAUCAUUUGUCAACAGGGAGAAAAUCUUUACAUCAAAGAUUGCCAUGGCCUUGUUCAAUGAGUGGGAUCAUGAUGGGAUAGUGGUGACAAUACUGAUGGUGCUAAUGCCUGCCCUUUGUGAACUUUGUAAAAGGCUUUUUAAAGAUUUCCUUCCUGGAGGAACUUGGUGUGAUGCAACAGAAUCUGUACAAGAAAGAACUCUUGGUGUGCCAAAACACAACAAAUUCUCAGAGACAAUAUUUGGUCAUAUGGAUAGAUUGCUCAGAGAAAAACCCAACAUAUCACAAUUGGCCUCAGAAGCAAAUAUGAUGUUUAUCCACAAUAAAACCAUAGAGUGGCUGAAGCAGAAAAGUAGUUUAGAGAAGGAAGCAAUUGUUAUUGCAGCUAGGAGAGAUGUACAGAGCUUACGGCUGAAGUAUAAGCAAAGGAGAGAUCAAGUAGAGAUCGAGCGAAAGCGCUUGCUUGCAGAAAAGAGAGAACAAGCUGAACGUUCUGAAGCAAAUAGAAUACGAAAAAAGGAGAACAUAACGGAUAAAGUUCAAUUGUGGGGCUUGUGGCAAACAGAGGAAGAGGUGGAUUCAGGCUUGGAUUUGCUAAAAACAAAAGUUGACAAAAUCACAGCUCUGAAAGCUCAACUGCAUUUUAGGAAAACUGUUCUUGAUCAGAAAUGUUCAGACAAAACUGCUUUCAAAAUGUCGAAAACUGUUGAUGGUAAAAACGUGUCCUUGACAGUGGAUGAAUUAAGUCAAAAUGUUAAAAAGCUUGUGCGGAAAGCAUAUGAGAUAGACAUUAAUGAAAAUCCAGAGAACCAAGUGCUUGUUGGAAAGAAAGUUAAACAUGCUUUUGAGCAGAAAGAUCAGCCUGAUGAAAAAGUAUGGUAUAUUGGAAAAGUCAUUUCCCAGGUGAAUGUUGUCUGUGGGCUACAUUUGGAUUACACUAAGCCUUAUUGUGAUUUUAAAGACUCCUUCCAUGCCUAAAAAUGUUAUUAAUUAACUCUUACUCUUAGCCAGGUACCUGGAAGAUUUUCUGCCUCUGUGACUAGUACAGAUCAAGAUCAAGAUAUAUGUGCAGUCUGAUCAUGAUCUGCACUGUUUGCUAUUCAAUCAGUAAAAUCUCCAUGAAAUACCCUAGAAACUGUAAAUGGUACUGUCCUGAUUGAAAGAUGGAACUGUUCAUUUUAGAAAUUCAACAGGGUAACGAACGAAUCACUAAAAGCUUAAAAAUUGUUUCUUUAUUUAAUACAUUGCUAACAUUGAAUCAUACAGAAUAAGUUGCUUGGUAGGAGGCUUUAAAUGAGCAUCUGAUCUCACUUGUCUGUAUUGCUAAAUUUAAUGGUCAUACCUGUGUUAUAAUAAAAUGGGGAUAAUUUGGAUUGAAUUUUAAUAUUUUAUGAAUAAACUUUAGUUAAUAUACAUGUAUUUGCCUUCCAUUACAAUGAUAUUUUUAUAUGAACUAAUUUAAGGAUAAAUAAGCAAGUUAUACUA